AUUCAAUGGAAAGAUAGGAGAAAGAAAAAAAAGUGGGAAUGGCAGGCAAGACUAUUGCGGCACUAGUACGGGCCGGACUCAACUUAACCUCAAGAUUCGGGUCAUGGGGAUCCCUCUCAUUCCUUUUUGUGUCCUGUUCCGGAAAAUCAUAUUUCUUCUGAUUGUUGUGGAGAUGUCUUUCAUUGCUUUUGUUGUUGCUCUUCAGAUCUAUCUAUCCAUCUGUACUUUUGUCGAUCGAGAUGGUGAUCAUGGAGGAUAUUCUAUCAUCGAACAAAAAGACACGAGAUGGAUAGACUUACUUUGGGACUUAGCGGAUCGCGCUAGUUAGUUAGUAGUCAGUGUGUCGCAAGGCGGAGAUGUCAUUUCGAGACCCU